AUGAACUCCGUCAACGAUUUCAGCACCGGGUGGCAGACUGUGUCUGAAGCAGCUAUGGAAGCAAAACUAUGGGACAUAGCCGAGGUCUUGAUCGAGCCUCCACCACAACCGGGCCAGGAGAACGGAACACAAUUAAGGUCCGCUUCCGACACUUCUCAGACGGAGCCCUUCGUGCGCGAAAGACCUCCCCAUAGCGAAAUCAACGCUGACGAAGACGCGCAUUCGAAGAGCAAUCGUACGGCAAAUAUGGAACAAAUGCGCCCCAAUGAAUCCGAGAGGCAUAACAAAGGGGAGCGGAGGAAUGAGCGUGACGAAUGGCUCCCUCCAGCUCCAUCGCGGGUUUCAGAAGCGUUGGAUAUCCUCCAGGAUCGAGAACUGCUCGUAUGGGCCCGUAACGAUGUCGACUCUCCCGCUCUUGCAACCCGUCAAGAUGCUGUUAUCGUCUCCGGACAAAGUGAUGGGUACGUCCUUGCUCGCGCGGCAGGCGGAGGCGGCAUGAUGUUCAGCUACUUGAGGCAUGCCAAGGCGCGCUCGGAGUUCCCUGGGCAUAGCGUUCGUGGCAGCAUCGGCAGCCCGGAGGUGGCCAGGCAAACCGUUGCCUGGAAUUGCUGGAGAGCUUCCUCGAAGUGA